AUGGAUCAGGCUCCCGUACAAAUAGGCCAGUUUAUACUGGGCAAGAAUUUAGGAAUCGGUGCCUUUGGAAAGGUAAAAUUGGCAACACAUGCCGUAACCGGACACAAGGUAGCGGUGAAAAUCCUGAACAAGAACAAAAUCAAGCAGCUGGGUAUGGAGGAAAAAGUUCAUCGGGAAAUCAAUAUUCUGCAUUUGUGCACGCACCCACACAUUAUUCGCCUGUAUGAAGUUAUUGACACCCCAACUGAUAUAUUUCUUGUGAAUGAGUACGUCUCUGGCGGCGAGCUUUUUGACUACAUUGUUUCCAAAGGCCGAUUGUCCGCGGACGAGGCCCGUAAUUUCUUUCAUCAAAUUAUUUCUGGAGUGGAAUAUUGUCAUUUUCAAAAGAUUGUUCAUCGUGAUCUCAAGCCGGAGAACCUUCUCUUGGACGCCAAUCUGAAUAUCAAGAUUGCCGAUUUUGGAUUGUCGAAUCUCAUGAGAGACGGUGACUUCUUGCGUACGUCAUGUGGAUCCCCAAAUUACGCCGCACCAGAAGUUAUCAGUGGCCAUCUGUACGCCGGACCAGAAGUCGAUGUCUGGUCCUGUGGUGUCAUUCUUUACGCUCUUUUGUGUGGAUCUCUUCCGUUCGAUGAUGAAUCGAUUCCGAACUUGUUCAAAAAGAUCAAAAGUGGAAUGUACAGCUUACCAACACAUCUUUCCCAGUUGGCGAAGAACUUGAUUCCGCGCAUGUUGGAAGUUGAUCCAAUGAAAAGAAUUACUAUUGCCGAAAUUCGUUUGCAUCCGUGGUUCCAGCAUAAGCUUCCUCCUUAUUUGAGGCACCCUCCAGAGCUGAUGGAGAAGCAGGAGCGAAUCGUCGAUCAAGAAGUUAUUGAUGAAGUGAUGAAGCUACCGUUUCACAAGGCUUAUGGCAACACGAAAGGUCUUGCGAACGGUACUCUCAAUGAUUUGCGAUGCGCGUACGAGCUAAUCCUCGAUCACAAGCACACUCGUCUUCGCGUUAUGGAAGUCGCCCGCGCCAUUCAAGAGGCGGCGAGCGCGACGCCACCAGCGUUCUCCCCUGGAGGAUCUCGAGGGACAACUCCCGGUGGUCACUAUGGAACCGGCGGUAGUCGAUACGGAAAUACGGGUAUGAUUGCCCAACAUCAACACGGACGGCGAACUCGCCGAUGGUAUCUUGGUAUUCAAUCAAAGAAGGAUCCUGCACACGUCAUGACGGAAGUCUAUAAAGCGCUCAUGUCGCUUGGUUGUGAAUGGUUACAGCUAUCAUCCUACCGAAUCAAGUGCAAAUGGCGUCCAAAUACUGGAGGGAGCGGUUCGAGCUCUACAAUUCCUUUGGCUGGGGUAAUUGCUGGUGAAGAUGGGCAUAGUUUGCGUGUACCGAAUCUCUCAACCUCAGAAUAUUCAAUCAAAAUUGGUCUAACUCUCUACAAGGUGCAACAAAAUAUUUAUCUUCUCGAUUUUCAGAAAAUGACCGGCGACGCCUUUUCUUUCAUGACUCUGUGUGCGAAUAUCAUAACGGAGUUGAAGAGUCUG